AUGGCCACAAAUUCGCGCAUCUUAAAUUUUGCUCAAACAAUGGCCGGUGAUGCACCGCACCCUCUAUUCCAAUUCCAACAAACCCCAUCCCAGAUUACUCCCCACGGCCACCGCCGCCGCCGACACCACUACUUCCCUAUAGGCUCCGUGGUCGAGGUGAAGACCGACGAGGAGGAUUUCAGGGGAGUAUACUUCUCUGCCACCGUCCUCUCGCCGCCCAAUUUUCCGAAUAAGAAGAAGUCGAGGAAGCUCUACGUGGAGUAUCACGACCUGCUGGCGCACGAGGACGGCUUGGAUCGGCUGAGGGAGUACGUCGACGCCUCCUCCUUAAGGCCCGCCCCGCCGCUCCAACAACCACCCCUCAAGGGUUACGAUCUGGACGACGUCGUCGACGCCUUCUACAAGGACGGCUGGUGGACGGGCGUUGUCACCGGCGUGGUCGCCCGAGACGAGAGAUACGUCGUCACAUUUCCCAACCCCCCCGAUGAGCUCGAGUUUGGGCUUGGAGAGUUGAGGCUGCACUCCGAUUGGGUGAACGGGAACUGGCUCCGUCCUCAGAAACAUAAUAUAGCAGGAUUGAUGUUUGAUGUAGGAAGAAAGGUGGAAGUGUCAUUUGCCGGAGAAGAAUUUCAGGAUGUUUGGUAUCCAGCCACAAUUCUUGAAGACCUGGGGAAUCUGACAUUUUUGGUGGAGUGCAAUAGUGUAAACUCAGAUAACCACAGUUCAGCUAAAGCCAGAGUUGAUUCUUUGCACAUCAGGCCUUGCCCUCCACUUCUCAAAGAUAAAAAAUUAAUUUUAUUUGAAAAAGUGGAUGCAUUCUUUGACUUUGGCUGGUGGAGUGGGAUAAUUACAAAAGAGCUUGAGAACAGUAGAUACCUUGUGUUCUUUAAGCAAAUGAAUUGCGAUAAGGAAUUCAAUCAGUCAGAAUUAAGACUUCAUAUGGAAUGGAAGGAUGACAAAUGGUUCACUUCUUCCCAGGAACCCUCAGUCCCAUCCUUAGACGAUGACGUAUGUCAAUAUAUAACACCUGAUAACUCUAGUGCCUCUGUGGCAGCUGCUCCUCUGAGCAAUUCAGUGAAUGAAGAGGACACCUGUGGCAAAACACAGUCAUCAUUGAUAUCAAGAAAUGAUAAAUAUGAGCAGUUUAUUCUUGAGAAUCAGAAAUUGUCCCGUGUAACUGUACCUUUGACAAAAAAGAGAGCAUAUGUAUCUGAUUCAGGGGGUUCUGUUUCUCAUCCUCUUAAAAAGCUCAGGGAAGGAAAUGUAGUGGUAGCAAAUAAAAAGGAUGGGUGUGAUGGAUCAAAAAUAGAAAUUUUAUGCGGUCCUGAAAUCCCAGAAUCUUUAAAUAAUAUGGAAAUAUCUCUAGCGCAAACUACGUUGGAUCAAUCUUGCUCUGAUCAUCUAUGGGAAGAAAAUGUUCAAAGAAAGCAAAGGAAUGGAUGUACACCGCAUAAUGCCAGUGAAAACAUUAAAUCCACAUCCACCAUCUUGGGGAAGAGCGCUGCACAAAUAUUGCCAGUUGAAAUCCUACAACUUGGUAGUGGAGAGAAGGAACUAGACACAGCUGGAAACACUAAAGAAGGUGCUCAAAACGAGCAUGCAAAACGUGAAACUGAACUUCCUAUAGUCAUAGGUUUGCCAUGUGCUGAAAUGCGGAGCUCAGGAAAACCAGAGAGUAAUACGAGUCGACCUUCCAGCAAUGAGGCUUUUAUUAGUUUGAAUGAUCAGAGACAUCCAGUCUUUGAUUUCACGACUGGGAAAAUCACGGAUGGAAAACAAUUAGGAAUUGGAGAAAUCAAUGAGAAGAGAAAGAGAGUGAGGCAAAUAAGAAAAUUUUUGCUUGAAAGCACAGGGAUUGUGGUCACAGGAACUGCUGAACAUGGAGGUCAGAGUUUAGGUGAUAUCAAUUUGAACAGACUAGAUGAUGGUUCACAGGAACUUCAUGAUGUUGUGGUGAUAGGGAUGGAGGCAUCAAUAUUGAAUCAGGAGAUGAUGAUGCCAAACCAGGAAAUAACAGCUAAUGGUCAGUCUGGUCCUGGGAAAAGAAAAUUGAGAAUGCCAAAACGAAUACUGGGUAGUGAGCAUGAGGUGGCUGAUGUAAAAGAGCCAGUCAGGCUGGAAGAGAAUUGUUCAUUCAAGAGGAGACAGAUGCAGAUUACUACUGGUGGUAGAAUUGCAGUCAAAGUUCGAGAUUCUGUUGGUGUUUCUGGAGGUAAAGUGAUGGUGGUUAACCCCACAUUGAAUCUAGAGAAAUUUAUUGAACCUCACCUCACGUUGGAUGUAGAGAAAGUUAUUGAACCUCAACCCAGCAAUCAGUUUGAUAAUGAACCACUUUCGAAAUGGAUUGACGAGAUGCACAUGUCAUCUGUAAUUGAUGGCUCAGUAAUGGUACCGUACACUGAGAAUGGUAAUACCCAAGGCGGCCGUGUCGGGCACGAUGAAGCUAGUGAGAUGCAGCCACAAAGUGAAAUAAAAUCUUCUGGUUUGGUAGAUACAGGCUUUCCUUCUGAGAGCAACAUCACUGGUAAUGUUCUUGAUGAAGGCACUCAAAAGCAAUCAGAAAGUGGAAGACAAAGCAUGCCUUCUGUGGAAGAGACUUCUGUUGUUUUGUUCGAUCUGAACAGUGAGAAUCUGUCAGAAGAUGAAGCACAAGCUUCUGUUACAGUUGAUAAAGGCCCCGUGAUACCUUAUCAACCUCCUCAAAGUUGUAUGGAAAACAAUGUAGCUGUUGUGCUGGAUGAGGAUAUAGAGAAGCGGCCAGAAAAUGAAGCACUGGCAACUACUCCCAAGGUUGAUAUAAUCUCAAUGAUAUCAAGUCAACAUCAACAUUCUGUGGGGGAGACGGUUCGUGAGCAUAAUGAGAAGCAGCCAGAAAACAGAAGAACACCUGAUGCUGCUUCAGUAGAUAAGGUUGCCCUAGUGCUAAGCGAGCCAGAAAAGCUGCCUUUUGAGAAAAACACAAUUCUUUGGAAGACUAUUCAAUCCUUUCAAGUUUUCCAGAGGCUGCCACAGAAGCCACAUUUCCAGCCUUUGGAAAAUUUCAGAGAAAGUUCACGAGAAGGCUUGGCUAUAGGCUAUAUGGUCACGUUUUCCAGCAUAGUCGAAAGAGCCUCCAAAUUGCAGCUAACUGAUCCUGUAAGCAUCAUGGAUGAUAUAAUGGACACACUCACAGAUUUGGAAAAACAGGGGUUUGAAGUCGGGCCCAUUCAGGAUUGUAUAAAUGAGCUGCUUGCUAUCAAGUGCAAGCAAGAGAAGCUUGCAAAUGACACAGAAACUAUAAAUGGCCAGAUCACAGGUCACAGAGACACAAAGGCUAGGCUUGAAAGAGACAUUGAGGAGAUCAACGAGCAUAUAAUGAAGUUGCAGAGAAAGCGCUCACAAGCCGAGUCUGCAAAAGAAAGAGAGGAAGAAGAGAUUGCUUUCCUGCAGGUUAGGCUGAGGGAAACGAAAGAUAGCAUCAAGACUGUAAAGAAUGAUUUUGAAGGUAAAGUUUCUUCUAUUUUGUGAAAUUCAAGAACGAGGAAGCUCGUUCCACACAGGUCUGCCAAAAAUUGGUUGACUGGUGAAGAAAGUUGCAGCUGUAGGUGAUAUGUUUUGUAUAUGUUUGUUUUUUUUAAAGGUGCUAACAUCUGUUGGCUAAUGAUCAGUAGUUGUAGUAUUGAAGUGUCGGUUUGUUGCUGAAAUGAAUGUUUUAGCACACCGAUUUUGGUAUGUCAUGGGAUUAGAAUAUUAGGAGACUACUAAGUAAGUAGUACUUUUUUACUGCGUUUAAAUGCCAUGAGUUUUAAUA